AUGGCACGUCUCUCUUCGGCCAUCUUGCUGUUUCUCUACCUGGCAUUCACCAACAUCAUCACCACCAACGCGUUUUCGAUAUAUGCCAACUUUUCAACGUUCGAACCAUCUUCAAAUCCAGUGCCCGCUGAUUUCCUCGCAUUAUCGGUCGAAUGGCAGCAAGUCAUCAAAUCGUUCAUGAAGUAUUACAGAGGAACGGCCACCAACAUACCCAAUCCCAUAAUGAUUCGCUUACUACGAAACCUAGCUGCUGAAGUCAACUAUGCUAGUAUGCCAACAAUCCGAGUUGGUGGUAACAGUGCUACAAUCCAAUGGUGGAAUGGCUCCUCUCUUGUAAGGCCAAACGCAGCUAGCUAUCCAGUAUCGUUUAGACACUUUGGAGCUAUGGAAACCGUUGCUCAUAACGCAGGAAUCAAACUCGUCGCUAAUAUCGGAAUGCUGAACGGCACUGAUCCAUCAGCUGCAACUGAUUUUAUCGCUUCAGGAAUAUUGGCCAACAUCAACUACAAGAACUUGCUGGCUAUUGAAUUGGGCAAUGAACCUGAACUGUAUGUUCGUAAUGGACGUCGUGAUCCAACUUGGGAUUAUUUUACUCAAACACCUAUUGAAUUCCAAACCUACUUGGCCAGUAUCGCUGCCGCGAUUCCAUCCAUGCCCACUACAAACUAUUUCUGGGGCCCAGCAAUGACACCCACCGGCAACAACCAAAACUUCCUCGCCGCAUCCCUCCCCGCAGUAAACGGAAUCAGCCUCCACCGCUACGGCAUCGACGGCUGCAACUCCUCUGAGUCACCCUCCAUGAACCUCCUCCUCGCCGACCCAACCGUAAACACAUACAAAUUCAUCCGCAACGACAUCAUAAACGCUACAGCUCUCGGCCACCCACUCGGCACACGCCAAGUAAUCGCCACCGAAAUCAAUUCCGCAUCAUGCGGCGGUGUCGCCAACAUCUCAAACACGUUCGGAGCUGCCUUAUGGGGCGUCGAUACGUUCUUGACACUUGCAACGAAUAACUUCACAAAAGCUUUUGUGCAUGGCUUGCAAGGUGUCUACCCGAAAUCAACACCCAAUUCGUAUGCACCGUGGGUGCAAAACCUACACAACAAUUCCGUGAUUGUCAUGCCGAUCUACUAUGCUAUGGUACAAACCAACCGUAUCCUGGGCGGCGCAAACGCCGUCGUGCGCGCAGUCCACUUUUCCAUCGUUGAUACUACAGGAAUGUCGGAUCCCACCAUCACAACGCCAAACAUUAAAGUCUACAUGGUGACCCGUGGCACAUCAACCAACAUUGUCGUAAUCCAUAAAGAUCUGGGAAUGCCGAAUGUUACGGUCGCUAUUGAUGUUGCUAAUAUUCCUAACGAUACGGGAUCGGCUGUAUUGGAGAGGAUGAAGGCGCCCAGUGUUUAUACGAGUAGGGAUAUUCGGUUGGCUGGGUACACGUUGGACUGGACUUCGGAUGGAGGGUUUAGAGGAAGUCGGGUUAGUGCUGUUGUUACUCCUACUAGUGGAAGUUACUACAUUGGUGUCUAUCAAGGAUCCGUUGCUGUGCUGUAUGCCGGUACCCAAAGCAUUUUAUCUACUGUCGGAGCAUUGAAUUAA